UGGAAUAUAUACCAGUGGUACUGCCGUGCCGACUUUGAUGAUAAUAUCAUGGACAAAUGUAAAACGCAAGCAGAGGCCAGAGGAAUAUAUCUGCAAGCAGCCCAGGCAGGUGAAGUUAAGGAUAUAGAAUGGCUUCUCCAGAACAGCAAAGCGUUAGGCCUCGAUGUCAAUUACACUGAUGCUAGCGGACUGUCUGCGUUAAACCACGCUAUACAGAACGGACAUCUUGUGGUAUUGUACCCCCUUCUCGAACACGGUGUCAAGGUAACGGACGACCUUUUGCGAGCAGUAGAGCAUAACUUCUUAGAGGCAGUCAAACUACUCUGUGAGUUUGCGCUACACUUAAAGGAUGAAGCUGAACAACGUCGUAUCAUUGACUGUCGCUGUUCCAACGACGAUUUUAACCAUGAGGUUACACCUAUCAUUCUGGCUGCACAGAAGAAUAAUUUUAAUAUAGUAAAGGUCCUUUUAGACGCCGGUGCCCGUAUUCCAACAUCUCGAACAACUUCUUCGGACAAUUUCCAGCGCUCGGUCGGCACGUUAGCCCUAUUCAAGGGUCUAGCAAGCAACUCGUACGUGGCCAUGGAGAGUCGUGAUCCUGUUGAUCGGGCUUUCACACUGUGUAAUGAGAUCAGGCGACUCAGUGAAAACGAGAUUGAGUAUCGAAUGUCUUACAGGGAAAUGGAGACGAAUGUGAAACUGUUUGCAACGGAGUUCAUCUCGCAUGCUAGGAGCUCAGAAGAGAUUAUGACUGUGCUUUCCCACCACGAUGAGAAAGAUCGGAACAAUGAUGGAGACGAUGUCACAAAGUCACCGUUACCAAAGAUAUCUCGCGCCCUCAAUCUUAAACUGUUCGAGUUUGUCGCCCACCCGAACUGUCAGCAACUCAUCAUCACCAAGUUCUACAAACGUUUACUCUAUUUGCGAGACAAGGGCGCCCUCUACCGUACUAUGUUCCUCGGCAUGCUUUUAUUUGUGUACCCGGUACUUGCAGUUCUACAUGUUUACUCCACCAGAGACAAAUUCAAAACCUUCGUCAGAAUUCCCCUUGUUGUAUUCAUCAUGCAUUUAGCCUCUGACCUGACCUUUGUGACCCUAUUGACCUGGGAGGCCAUGAGCGACAGGCAAUUAGCACACACUAUUAGUUUUACUCGACGACAAAACUUUGUCGUUCUUCUGUGGAUAAUUGGAAUGAUUUGGCAAGAAAUUGAAUGUUUUGCAGCCGAAGGGGUCAGGAAGGUCGUCACCAAUUGGAGACGCCUCCGGAACAUCGGCAUUAUUUUAUUGUUCGUCAUAGGGAUAGUGUUCGAGAUUUGCGCCACCUUUGAGGCGCCACUGUCGAUGACGUCAUCAACAACGUUAACAACUACGACGGACGUGCCAUUAAAUGAUCACAACAUAGCAAAAAGGUCCACAGAUACCAACAACAGUUCGCGUACGUUAUUAAAAACAAAUUUCACAGAUGGAAAAUUCUCUGAAAUUGGAGACUAUGUUGUUAGUGAGUUGGAGACGACGAACCCAAGCAUUAAUCAGACCACAAAGGUGCAGAUUAAAGAAGAGGUUGUCUGGAGAGUUAUGAACUACUCAGCGAAACGUGUCGCCAAAGUCCGGCGUAAACCAACGAUACCUCGGGGUACGGUGCCUGUAGGAGACGAAACCAAUGACUAUCUGAACCUAACUUGGAACCAUCCUCAGAUCAUGGGUCGUGCUUUCCUGUCCCUAGCAAUCGCAUUCUCCGUACUGCGCAUGCUCUCCUAUGUGGUGAUCAGCAACGUAUUUGGUCCGCUCCAGAUUUCUCUUGGCAGAAUGAUCAAAGGAUCGUCACAUUUCUUCAUUGUGUUGGGAUUGAUUCUCGGUUCGUUUGCAAUGGGAUUGACGCUAACUUACUCCAAUCAGAAAAUUACUGAAAUACAGCAGGCACAGCUGCAAAUUCACAGAGUCGGUACCUUCACGAGUGUUUUCCAGUCUGUGCUCAGCCUCUACUGGUCCUUGUUUGGGUUAAUGCCAGUAGAGGAUCUCCAGCUCCCUGGUGAUUAUGUCGUUAAAGAAACGGCUGGUUCCGUGUUGUACGCAACUUUCUACGUAUUGAUUGUCGUCGUCCUUCUAAAUGCCCUCAUCGCCGUGUGGAGUAACUUGUACAAUGAAAUUGAGGAGAACAGUGACAUCCAGUGGAAAUUUUCACGGACAGCUAUGUGGAUGCGUUACAUUGAUAACGACGUACGGGUGCCACCUCCCUUCAACCUCCUACCCACACCAAGAAUAUUACGCCGUGUGUUCCGCAUGUUCGCUUAUCACCCGAAAUGGACCACGAUCGAAGUCGAAGAUUUAAAACCAACAUUUGAUGAAAAGUGGUUGAGGAUCAGAGGAUUGCCAAUACUGAUUGAUGGAAGAAAUCAAGUUUACAGGCAGCUGGAUAAACAAAAGAGCUACAAUCGAGUCAUCGACCGUCUCCGGGACCGCUACGUUUCCGAGAAGACUGGUGACGAAUCUAGCACUACCAUAGAGGUCACUAAAGAGGACAUCAGAAACCUGAGGAACGACCUUAUUUCAUUACGGUAUGAAACAUUCCAGAAGUGGCUUCACGUUCACGAACAAUUCGGAACAACGAAUACCGAUUGCCUUCACAUUGUUAAACAGUCAGACCCAGUGACAGCAAUUCUUGUAAGGACCGGUGACAUAGGGUCAGUUCUCGACCAAAACUUGGACACUUCAGACGUCCUUAAGUCAUCUCUGUGUGAAAUCGAAACCGAAGCGGAAGAGAAAAUUCAAACCCUAUCGGACAAAGUAUGCGUACUUUCAGAACAGGGACAGGCAGCGUCGGCGAAAGUAUGCGAACUUUCACAACAGCUGAAGGCGGAGUCGGCGAAAGUAGGGGUACUUUCAAAAGAGGCACGGGCUGCCUCAGCGAAAGUAGGUGCACUUUCAAAAGAGGCGCAAGCAGCAUCGGCGAGAGAAUGCGCUCUUUCACAACAACUAAAGGCAGCAUCAGCGAAACGUCUGUAUAAACCACCGGCUCCUGUGGCAAUCCCACCCCCUGUUAUAACUCAACCAAUCCCACCUCCUGUUAUACCUCAACAAAACCCACCACCUGUUAUACCUAAACCAAUUCCAGAACCUGUAACGGAAACUCCCUGCAUAGAAAUACCCACCCAGCAGAUCCCGCUACUUUCAACAGAAUCACCCUGCCCGGUCGAAACCAUCAACUUCGAGUCUACACCCGCCGACAGCUCUUUGCAAACAGUACCCCCACCCAUCGUCAACGCAUCAUCCACAGAGUCUCUUGAUGUGCCUUGCGAUAAUAUGCAACCACAAACUCCUACAAUAAUCUGCAGGGCGCCCUCUUCCGAGGCAAUUGGACCACCAGAGUCUCCUGCUCUACCUCUCACCCCGUUUGAAAGCUCAUCUAUGGAAGAGGUUACGCUAACGAACGAUGACACGGUUCCACCUUCGCCUUCAGAGAGGAGGAACUCUGGACAGUCCGAUGGAGGGGUGCAUAACAUCGUCGUGAAACUUAAAAACAACUUAGACGCUAAAAAGAUCAAAUUGAACGUUGAAGAAACCGCGAGGAGAACUUCCAUGCCCAAUAUUUCGUUUAAUGUGAGAAAACCAUGGCAGAUAUGAAGUUGUAUCCAAAUAUUUUUUUAAUAUUAUUUCUGGAUCUUGGUAAUUAUUAUCAAAGCCAAACGAACAGAGAAGCUGGUGAAGAAGUUUCAGUUUUAUAUGUAGGAGGAAAAUCGCAGAGAUUUAUUGCAAGGGAAACCCACUCAGUCAAGUAGGGACUGAAAAACCAACACACAAAGUGCUCCCGGUGGGAUUCGAACCGGGUAUGGAGAGGUUGAAGAAGCGAGAAAAGAGUGGGUUCGUGUCCCAGUCGUGCCACUAGUGUUCUUGCUGGGUUAGAUGCUUGACUAAAGUUACUUUGAACUUCGGAUGGGAAAGCCGUAUCUCGCGAGGAAUGGUAUAGUUCAUGUAAAAUAACCCAGAAUACUUGUCGUGGAAGAGUAUAGGGUUACAUCUUGUGUUUAUGGUUGACACGACUAACAUGUUUACAAGUUUACUCGGUAUGGUUGACACGACUAACAUGUUUACAAGUUUACUCGGGAUUGGGAACUAAUAGGAGACUUUCCAACGCUAGGUGGCAGAAGAAAUACCGGGUAAAUUUCCAUUGUUUACGUAGUUCUGAAC